GGCUGGCGCUUUAUGCUCACGGUCUCCGUCUUUGCCCGCAUCGGGUACUCUGCGGCCUGGAUGUUCAUCACCAACUUCACUCAUAGCUUGCCUUGGAACGAGUUCCUGGCACAGGAUCCGGGCCGCACCUGGCCUGUGCUCCACAACAUCAUGGCUAUGGUAUUGGGAG